AUUUAACCAGUUUAUUAUAUAUCCUCCUUUAAAGCCGUGUCUGUUAUUUUCAUGAACAUAGUAACUACAUAUAUGUAACAUAAUGUGACAUUGGAGAAGCCCUGGAAGUUGUUUUUCUGGACCACCGCUGUUACCAAACAGUUAAUCGUCAGGCGGAGGGUGACGACUUGUUUUGCUGUUGGCUCCCUCUGAAUCCUCCUCACACGUGAGCGCGCGGCGGAAGACCGAGAAGCCUCCGUCUCGGCCUUCAGGAGGGGCUGAAGGUGACUCUCCUCUCGGCUGGGAUGCUGAGGAAGCUGCUGGGGGUCCGUCCGGCCCGUUUCACAGUCCCGAUCCGUGGAACAGCCGCACGUCUCCUGCGGGAGCUUUAAAAUCGAACCCGUCCGUGUGCGAGAGGCUCCCGGCUCUAUAGAGGACACCGCGGCUCCCCGAAAACAGGCGCUGUCUUUGUGUGUCUGCAGCUGCUUGGUCUUCGGUGGUGAAUGUGCAUGCAUGAGUUCUGCACCGUACGGGCGGAAAAAGCGCCCACGAUCAGCAGGGAGCAUUUUCCCCCUCAGUAGAGGCGCGCAGACGGAGCCGGAGCGGAGGGAGAGCGCGGAGGGGGCUGUGGACUGCAGCAGGAUGACUGUGCAGGAAUUCAACACCCUCGUAGCGCUCUACCGGGAGCAGGUCAUAUCCGUCGGGGAGAUCUCGGCAGAUUGUCCGUCUCUGCGGGCUCAGAUGCACCAAACGCGGACCAAAGGAUGCUCCAUGGCCCGAGCAGCUCACCAGGACCUGGCCGUCAUUUCUGUGUCGGGUCCAGAGGACGGAGAAAUCCACCCUGAGAUCUGUCGGCUCUUCAUCCAGCUACAGUGUUGUCUGGAGAUGUUCAUAACAGAGAUGCUCAAAUCCAUGUGCCUGCUGGGGGUGCUGCAGCUUCACAGGAAAAGAACUGACUCAGAACCAAGAGUGGACUUUAGGGUGGAUGAAAGCUCUGACGUUCCGAUCCUGGAGGACAGGUCUUCCUCUCCCAUCGACUUCCCUCAGGAGCAGUGGCUGGUGGGAAAUGACAUUGAGAACAUAGAGAGAGAUAUGAGAGAGAUGAGAAACUUACUCAGCAAACUCAGGGACACGAUGCCUUUGCCGCUGAAAAACCAAGAUGACAGCAGCUUGUUGAAUCUGACUCCUCACCCACUGAUCAGACAGAGGAAGAGACGCUUCCCCGGACUCUGCUGCAUGGUGUCUGGCUAAGAGUCUUACCUGCUUUCUAUUUUUUCCACCUAAUCUCCAGUUCCAGUGUUGUAGUAUCAGUCUCUUUAAAUGUAUUUAUUUUUUAUAUAUUUCGUUACGUCACGUUCCUCCAUUCGUCUCGGGAGCUAAUUGUUUGCAAUUAGUUGUUUUAUUUGUUUGUUUUUUGUUUGGUUGGUUUUAGAAGUCACAUGGUUAACGCCCUGUAGAAGAGGUAAGUUGGAGUAAAUAAUACAUGACUGCAGUCUAGAAUACGGCUCAAAUGUGGCACAGUUCAGCUAAAACCAGACGCUGGGUUUGUCUAUUUGUUUUCGGGCAUCUUGUUUCAUUGGUGUUCACAUGGAAAAAAAAUAAAUAUAUAUAUUCUGGCUAUGCACAGGUAGGUUUAGUUUCAGUGUCCUGCUGUGCACCUGUCACACCUCCGCGUGUGAACAGCCACAACUGGGUUGAGGUAGUGAGCGUGUAGGCAAAGCAAACGUCAUCUGCUCCAUGAUGGUUAUCAGCUAUCCAACUCUAGAGAAAAAUGAUUUUUACAUUCAAAAAUAUGUAUGUAAAGCAAAACAUUAUGAGGAAGCUUUGCCAACUUUAACUUUUAGAUGGUUUUCAGCUUUUUAAAAUUUUGCUCCAGUAUCGUCAGUGAUAAAUAGUGGUGUCGAGCUUUGUCACUUUCCUGUACUUAACUUUUAUCAGAUUUCUUUUACUUUGGCUAAAGGAUGUCUUGCUAAGGGUUUUCUUAACCAAGAUUUAAAACUCUCACUGUCCCAAGUUGUAACUGUGGGACAUUGACAGCAACUGGGCCACAUGGCAUCAGCAUUCCCUGUUUGUGUGGAUAUUCAUGUUCAGCAGAAGGUGACUACUAAUAAUUUAUCAGCAUCGUCAACAGCAAUAAACUAAAUAUCAAAGUAUUACAUCAAAUCAUUGCAUAUUAAUAUGUACAGAAUAUGAAAAUAAUCAAAUUUUACAUAAAACCUGUUUAUCAUGGUUUUACGAACUUCCUCCUUUUGGCCCCACCAUUCAUUUACAUAGUGUAGUUUUGAUUGUAGGAAGAAUUUUAAUACAUACCAGACAGGCAUACCAUACCUUUCAUUCUAGUGAAGUGCAAAAGUUGAACAUGAUUUUUCAUGGUGUACUUUUUGAAAAAAAGAGGGCAUGAACUCAAACCUGCCAAAUCUAAUUCUCACAUAUAACAUGUGGUUAUUUUAUUUGGGAGUUUUUAAUGUUAAUAUUAUUUCUUUACACUUCCACUUCGUUGGCCACACCAAUGCUUUAAAGUUUCAGAGUGUAAUGCCAGUUGCGGCCUGUAGGGGGCCCUGGCGAUGCAUUUACUUUGGGCUCGUUUCACGCAGUGCGUCAUUCGCAGUCUUCCCUGAAAAUAACACCUUCGGUUUUCAUCACAAGGGCUUUGUUGAUGUUCCACAUACAAAAAAAUAAAUCAAAUCAAACACAAAACCAACCAAAACUAAUCGUGAGGUUCUUUAAGUGUUUUGCUGCAGCCAUUUUCCACUGAAUGUAAGUGCAAAGUACUUUGGAAAUCUGUGUAUUUUUCUUCUACAGUACGUGUUCUAAUGUGGUGAUGUCUAGCGAGCUAAAUUCUUUGUUUUGGCAUGUGUAUGAUGUAGAAGAAGCCACGCAUAAUUAGUGUGUCCUGCAUUACACAGAAUCUACUACAGUAUGUACAGCGUAGGGCAUUUUAUAAAAUGAAUAAACUUUUAUAUAUAUAAUAAAA